AUGGUUGUCUAUUCUAAGGACGAAACCUUGAUGUGCAAGGUGUUCCCAUCCAGUUUGGGACCUGUGGCGAUGAGAUGGUUCGACAGCUUGAGGACUGAUUCUAUAAAUUCCUUUAAGGAGCUCACUCGGGCAUUUGGCUCCAGUUUUAUCACAUGUACCAAGGUCCCUCGGCCCUUACACUCCCUAUUGUCUUUGUCCAUGCGAGAAGAGGAGACCCUAAAAACAUACUCAAAUAGGUAUUGGAAGAUGUACAAUGAGAUAGAUGGUAACUUUGAAGACGUCGCCAUCAGUACCUUCAAGAGCGGCCUCCCAAAUGAGCAUGGUUUAAGGAAGUCCCUAAUGGGAAAAUCUGUCACCAGCCUACGCCAACUCAUGGACCUAAUUGACAAGUAUAAAAGGGUCGAGAAAGACCAGCAACUGGGUAAAAGAAAGGUUAAGGUUAUCCCUCAAGAAAUUGAGGAUUUCAGGUCAGACCGAUUCAAUAACAACCGACCUCAGAGAGAUUUUGCUAGACAAUCAGGGUCCCGGAAGAUUGCAGGAACUUGUGGAAUCAUUUGGACCAGUUGGUUCGAGAAGGGAAGUUGA